AGGAGGCCGAUGCUAGGGUGUGUUUAUUAAACUGUUGACUUGUGAAACAGAUAUAGUGUAGAUAUUGUGUCUGGAAUCAUCAGGCAGGUAGGAUGGAGAUCAGGCCGUUGCUCAUGUGCUUUGCCCUCUGCGUGGUCUAUGCCACCAGUAAACCCACCGAGAAAAAGGAACGCGUUCACCACGAUGCACCUCUCAGCAGCCGCGAGCACGACGAUGCUCAGGGCUUCGACUACGACCACGAUGCCUUCCUGGGACAAAAGGAGGCCAAAUCUUUUGACGAGCUCAGCCCAGAGGAGAGCAAGCGCAGGCUAGGUGUGAUUGUAGAGAAGAUUGAUGGGGACAGUGAUGGUUUUGUCACUGAGGUGGAGCUGAAAGCUUGGAUUAAGAAGGCUCAGAAGAAGUACAUCUAUGAGAACGUGGACCGCCAAUGGAAGGACUUUGAUGUCAACAAUGACGGCAUGAUCUCCUGGGAGGAAUACAGGAACGUAACUUAUGGUACCUAUCUGGAUGACUCGGAACCAGAUGAUGGCUACAACUACCAGCACAUGAUGGCGAGGGACGAGAGGCGUUUCAAAAUGGCCGACCAGAACGGAGACCAGAUCGCCAACAAAGAGGAGUUCACCGCCUUCCUACACCCAGAGGAGUACGACCAUAUGAAGGACAUAGUGGUGCUGGAAACCAUGGAGGACAUUGAUAAGAAUGGUGAUGGUUUCAUUGACCUGAAUGAAUACAUAGGUGACAUGUACAACCAUGAAGAUGAGAUGGAGGAGCCAGACUGGGUUGCGACAGAGCGCGAGCAAUUCUCAGAGUUCCGGGAUAAGAACAAAGACGGGAAGAUGGAUCGGGAGGAGACUAUGGACUGGAUCCUUCCUUCAGACUACGACCACGCAGAGGCCGAGGCCAAACACCUCGUCUACGAGUCUGACUCAAACAAAGAUGGAAAGCUCAGCAAGGAAGAGAUCCUGAACAAGUACGACCUGUUUGUAGGAAGUCAAGCAACUGACUUUGGCGAGGCGCUGGUACGGCACGAUGAGUUUUAGAUGAUUUAGUCCUAGCUAGAUAAAACAUUUUUAUACUUGGUUUGAUUUUUAUUUUGUAUGAAACCUAUUCAUACAGUACAUUGUCUCCAAUUCGUUUGUGGUUGAUAGCACCUAAGUGUGUUUAUAUAUACUGACUUCCCAUCCCAACACUUCAUUUUAUUGUUCUGUUACGUACAUAGGUAGUUUAGAUUGGUCAUUCUUUUUGCCUUGGUUUGAAACACAAUGGUAUACUCACAAGCACUGAAUACUCCUUUUAGAGUUGUAAUCAUUUAUAAUUCUUCCACCAAACUCUUCAUAUGUGGGAAUGAUUUGGUGUUUUUUACAGUCAUGUUUUGAAUGACACUGAUUGUAGUGAUAGCCCAUCAUUUCUUGGUAUAGUUAGUAGAUGAGAGAUGCUACCCAACAUUAGCCUCCUACAUUUCCUUUUACCCAGUGUGUGCCUUCUCUGAGUAGUCUUUUGGGAGCUCAACCAAUGAAACUGACACUAAAUAUCAGUGAAUCAGGGGGUCAUGGGAACGUGAGUCCACUACAGUGAAAUCAUCCCUCACCCUGCUCUGUUUCUCCAUAAACACUUUCUUUGACCCCCUUUUCUUCACAUGUACUGUAUUUGUCUAUCAUGACUAGGGCCGUUAUUACAUGACUAGGGCCGUUAUUACAUGACUAGGGCCGUUAUUAUUAGCAGUUCAUCACUGCUUCUGCAGCCUUCUCCGCUGUCAAUCACUGCCUCUCAGCAGUCUACAGUGGCUUCCUCUCCUUGCCUCCAUCUGCAUUGGUCUAGAAACAAAUGAUAGGUGAAAGAAGUAUGUUAGAUGACCAAUGUGAAACAAGAAAGGGAAACCGUUUUGGACAAUUGAGUAGCAGCACAAGUGUGAGAACGCAUCUGUUCUAUUGGUUAGAAAUAAGAGCGUUUGUUCUUCCUUCCUGUGGGGUGUGCUGAACUGAAAGGUUGGUGCAUUGCAGCAUCGUUGCUGAAUUACGCUUGCUUAAAAUUAAAUGAAGAUUAUGUUGAAGUAUUUACAUAGUCAGCAAGUGUUUCUUUUCUGAAUUUAUGCACAGAAUGUAUGGACAUUCAUAUUUUGGAUCGAAUGCUGUACUUUUGAUUCCACAGCCCAUUUCUCAAUAAAAAAAACCCGAAUUGAGUAAACUUA